AUGACAACCACCGUCCUCAUCACCGGCGCCAACCGCGGCCUCGGCCAGGGCCUCCUCAAGCUCUUCCUCCAGAAACCCAACCACACGGUCAUCGCAGCAGUCCGCACCCCAAGCCACCCCACCGCCCAAACCCUCCCCACCCUCCCGCGGGACCCCAGCACCCACCUCCUCAUAAUUCCCUACGACGCAAGCCUCGCCACCUCCGCCCAGACCGCCAUCCAGCAACUCACCACCGCACACGGGAUCACCCACCUCGACAUCGUCGUCGCCAACGCAGGCAUCGCCCAGUCCUACCCGCUGGUCAAGGACGUCCAGCUGCCCGAGAUCCGCGAGCAUGUCGAGACCAACGUCCUGAGCGUGGUGGCGCUCUACCAGGCGACGCGGGACCUUUUACAGAAGUCCACGACCACGGACAAGCCGGUGUUUGCGAUCAUGGGGUCUGGGGCUGGGGCUUUGGGACGUCAGCCGCCCGUCCCCAGCGCGGUGUACGGCGCCUCCAAGGCGAUGGUGACCUGGUACGGGGUGCGCAUUAAUGCCGAGGACGCGUGGCUCAACGCCUUCGUGCUGGAUCCGGGCUGGGUGCAGACGGAUAUGGGCAAUGCGGCGGCGCAGGGGUGGGGGAUGGAGGCUGCGCCGACGAGUAUUGAGGAGUCGGUGGGGGGGAUGGUGGAGGUGUUGACCACUGGGACAAAAGAGCGGGUGGGCGGGAAGGUGGUGCUGUAUACUGGGGAGGUGCAGGAGUGGUAGUCUGGUAGUGUGGUAGUCUUCUCGUGAAUGUGGUCGCUUGUGGCAUGUUGGACUCUUGGGUGUGUGGAGCCUGCGGAGAAGCCCGAAAUGCUCGAAUUAUACUGUAAUAAGUAUUUCUCACAUGAAGCUGACCGCUAAGCAUUCUCCCUCUUUCUAACAACCAAUUCCCGCUUGAAGGACAUCCCCAAUUCAAC